AUGGGCCAGAGGCUAUCACUACUAGCACCAUCGGCUCCUACAGUGGCCAUCUCAUCCUACGUUGAUGCGCUAGAGAGGUACCAGUUUGUUGAGCUUCUCAAUGACUCGCGAUUCCUCAAGACCAUCAAGGCGAUCGAUAGAACCUCGGGGUACCUCGUCAUCAUCAAGAUCCUAAUCAAGCCCUCGACAGAUUCCUACACUAUACAAUUCCAGGAUAUUUUGGAGCUUUUGGUCAAACAGUCAUCAAUCUUGUACCCUUUUAAGAACGUUUUGGCAUGGCACAAGCUAAUAGAGACAGAUCGCGCUGGCUACUUGAUCAGACCCAUGGGCAGAAUCAAUUUAUACGACCGACUAUCCUUGCGGCCCUUUCUAGAGCCAAUUGAAAAGCUAUUUAUCACAUUCCAGCUAUUAAAGACGGUGAGCGAGUUGCAUUCGUUGAAUGUCCACCACGGAGACCUACGAUUGGAAAACAUUCUAGUCACGUCUUCAAACUGGAUCUUGCUCACGGACUUUGCCAGCUUGAUCAAACCUAUUUACUUACCAGAGGACAACCCGAGCCAAUACUCAUUCUACUUUAACAGCUCGGACCGACGUGUGUGCUACAUCGCACCCGAGCGGUUCUACAAUAGCCAGGAAAAUCCCAAGACUAUCCUGAAUUUUACCGACGAUGGCGCAUUCAACUUGCGCCACUCCAUCACCGACGAGAUGGACUUGUUCAGCUUGGGCUGCGUGAUUGCUGAACUCUGGCUAGAUGGCGAGCCCACGUUUACGCUAUCGCAGCUUUUCAAAUUCAUCAAAGGCGACUACGUGCCCGAGCUAUCGAGUGUUCAAAACCCGCAAGUGAUUCGACUUGUUCAAAAAUUGAUAAAAGUCAACCCCACGGAGAGAACCGGCGCCAGGGAGUUGCUUGAAGAAUUUAGAGGAAUUUGUUUCCCAACGUUUUUUUACACCUACUUGUACGAAUUGAUGGAGACAUUGAAUGACGGAAGCAACUUUGUUGUGCCAAAGAUGGCCUCGCGAAAUGAGGAGGUAUCAAUCAGUGACGAGAAAAUAAACUAUGUGUUUGAUAGAUUCAAAGACAUAAGUGAAAGCCUUGGGUUUGUCUACGCUGACCAAAAUGCCACUACGAAUACUUCUACUACCAAUAAUAAAACUAAUAAUUCUGCUACUACUUCCACUACUACAAAUGACCCUUUGCCGAUGAAACUCAUCUUGCCGGGAAUACCAAAGAACUACCGAAUGACAACCAAGCGAUACAUAGACGAGGACGUACACGAGUCGGCACUCAUCAUCAUGGACUUUGUCAAUUCCUUGUCGAGAUCUUUGAAAUUGGUCGAGUCUAAAAUCAAAUGCUGCGAGUUGAUUCUAGCCUUUUCAGACCACAUAAACGACGAGUCAAAAUUGGACCGCUCGCUACCGUACCUUUGCUCAAUGUUGGACGAGUACAUUGAAGGUGCUGCUUUUCAAAAAACGGAACAAAUGUCUCCAAAAGUCGUUUGCACCGCACUUUACGCCAUCACCACGCUCGUCAUGUCUUGCUCCUACAUCACCCCAAUCAACGUGCUUCUUUUUCCAGAGUACCUUUUGCCCAAAGUACAUGCAUUGUUGAAUAUAAAGGUCGAUGCACGCUCGAAGCGGCUCGUUAACGGAUGCGUGGCAACGUGUUUACCGUAUCUCGCCAUUGUUGCCAAAAAAUUUUGGAUCAUGUCGAAAGCAUUCAAAGCUGGCAACUCAACGCAUUUUACCAUGCAUUCUCCCGACGAUGUCAUGAAGUCGGUGACGACGAUGAACAUUUCAAAGAGCCAGCUAGACCUGAAAUUCAAAGAAUUGACAUUGCUCAUCUUGACCGACUCCGAGGCCUCGGUCAAGGUCAGCUUGCUUGAAAACAUUCUUCCUCUAUGCCAGUUUUUCGGCAAGGACAAAACCAACGAUAUAGUCUUGCCGCACUUGAUAUCGUAUUUGAACGACCCAACGCCAACAUUGCGAUUAGCGUUUCUUUCAGCAGUGUUGGAGAUUGGACCUUUUAUUGGAGCAUUGUCCUUUGAGCAAUACAUCUUGCCGCUUUUGAUCCAGACGGUGGGCGAAGGAGAACAAUUGGUUGCUUUGAAAGUGCUCGAGAUUUUCAAUUUUUUCGUGCUGGAGAAACUCAUCAACUCCAAGUUGGAGUUUAAUGCCUUGGAGAUAUACACGGAAAUCUUGUCAAGCUCGAUAUUCCUAUUGCUUCACCCCAAUGAAUGGAUCCGCCAGUCGAUUGUGUGCUUGAUCAUUUCAAUCAGCGACAACUUGAGUGAUGCCGACCGGUAUUGUUUUUUAUACCCUUUGGUCAAGGGAUAUUUGCAGUUUGAUUUGUUCCAGUUCAACUGGUCUACCCUUUACCCUAGCUUGACUCGGCCACUCAGCAAGCAAGCAUUUGACAUGAUGAAAAGUUGGGCGUUAAAUUUCACGACAAAGUCUUUGUUUUGGCAGCAAAAGGGCAGUUUUUCUUUAUUGAAUCAUCGCGAGGGCUUCGAUAGGAAAAAGCCGGGGAUAUCAAACAGCAUGGGUCGCUCAGUUUAUUUGCCGAAACCCAGUACCGUUAUUUCAUACAAUAACGGCAGAAGCAAGGAUAGUAUGCAGCUAAGUUCAGAAGACAGACAGUGGCUUUUGAAAUUGAAAUCGUUAGGCCUAGAGGAAAAAUCGUACUGGAAGUUGUUGGUGUUAAGAGAGUAUAUUUUUCGUGUGAGCAGAGCUCCGCCGAGCCAAGCCAUUGACUUUGAGGACAAGUUGGUGACGCCACGAAACUACUUUCUCGACGUGGUGUACAAAACAGAAGCGUUGGCUCCGAAUAAUCAGCCGCGCAACGAAAAGUUUGUGCGCAAGUCUGACGAUGAGGCUGCCGUGUCGUUGAGAAGCUUUGAGCAUGGCGAGCAGCCGAUGCUCGUUCUACCAAACAUGGAGCGCGUUUUGGCCUCAGUGCAAACGGUUGAAGCAAACAUUUUCGGUGAAAUGGAACAAAGCACCAGUUUAAUUUCAAAGCCGUCGUGGUUGAACGAUGCCAAUAUUUUCCACAAGACUUUCCACGCCGACGACUCGAAGAUCACCACGUGCCACAUUAAGCACGACUAUAACGGGUCCAACCCUCACAUACUCAAUUUCUUGAAAAGCUACCCAAUGACCCCAACAUUGAAUGAUUUUCCCAGCUUUGGGAAAGUCCUUAAGGCAAGACCCAACGUUGUGCGUCCGCAGGAGCCAAGUAUAUUUGACUUGAAUGUGCACAGAUCAUCGGAAGAUAUUGAUGCGUUUACAUGUUUGACCAUGGCUCCUAAUCUGGAGAUUUUCGCUACUGGUUCCGAGAGUGGUGUUGUCAAGGUAUGGGAUAUCGCCAAAUUGGACAACGUUGCAAGAGCGAAAUACCCGAGCCAAUCGGUUGACUUUAAGUCACGAAUCACCUCCUUGACUUUUCUCAAGAACAGAUUUUGCCUAAUUGUCACCACGAGAGACGGCAUGAUACGAAUCUUGAAGCUCGACGUUAUCCGAAACAAGAAUCGCAAAAUUUCCAAAAUUGCCAAGCCGGUUGUUAUACGCCAGGCGUUGUCACCAACUUUCAUUACUCACUUGGGCACUUGUGGCAAUCUCAUUUACGCAAUCGACUACCAGCUGCGAAUCAUCGUCUACGACAUGAUAACCAUGGAAAAAUUGUUUUCACUUCAGAACCCACUUGCAUUUGGAUUGAUUAGCGACUUUGCCUUGGGAGACGCGUACCCUACUUGGCUCGUGGUGGCAACACAAAAGGGCUAUUUGUCGCUUUGGGACUUGCGGUUUAAACUUUUGCUCAAGUCGUGGCAGAUUGAGAUUAGGAGCUCAGAAAGCAAGAUCUUGGUUGAUUCAAUCGCCUCGGUCAAGGUGCUUUUCCCCAAUUUACAGGAUGCCAAGGUUAAAAACAAAGAGGGCCGGUUGCAUAUUCGUAUGAAAAGCCAGCUUGAGGAAAUGCAAAGCGUUUGGGAGAUACCUUCUAUGGAAUGCAGUAGUUUGCAAAGAAACGGGGUGGUGCUUCCGUAUAAAUGCGUGUUGGUUGAAGUCACAAAGGAGCAGUCCGCGCGAAAAGCAAUUGAAUUUUUAUAG